AUGGCGCCUCCUAAGAAGUGGGAUGACGAGGAAGAGGACUCGAGCAGUGGCUCCGAUGCACCCGUCGUGCCAGCCGUUGCCCCUCGGCGCAAAUUCGACGAUGAGGAGGACGACAGCGACGUCCUUGAUUCGUGGGAUGCCGCGGAAGACUCCGAGGUAGAGCGCGAGAAGGAGCGCAAGGUCGCCGAAGCCAAGGCCAAGGCCGCCGCCGAGGCCGCCGCCAACAAAAAGUCAAAGGCCGAGCGGGUUGCUGAGCACCAAAAGGCCCGCGCCGCCGCCGCCCUCGAGGACGAGGAAUCCGAGGAGGAGACCGAGGCCCAGCGUCGCGAGCGCCUGCGCCGCACCGAGAAGGAGGGUGACCUGGCCCACGCCGAGGAUCUCUUUGGCAGCGUCGGCAUCAGCAGUGGACGCAAGGCCAACACGGCCGGCGCCGCCGUCCAGAUCGAAAAGGACGACCCUACCAAGACGGUCAACCUGGCCGCCCUCCCCCUGUUCAACCCCACCACCAAGAGCCAGUUUGAGCAGCUGCGCAACACCCUCGCGCCCAUCAUCACCGCCAACGCCAAAAAUUCCCACUACGCGAACUUCCUCCAAGAGUUUUCCAAGCAGCUCGCCGCCGAGAUGUCGAGCGAGGCGACUAAGAAGGUCUCCUCCUCGCUCACCGCGCUGGCCAACGAGAAGAUGAAGGCCGAGAAGGACCAGGCCAAGGGGGGCAGCAAGAAGACAAAGGCCUCAAAGACAAAGGCCACGCUCGUCUCGAAUCACGCCGACGACGACGAGACGGGCAACUACGACAAUAAUGAUGCUUUCGGAGAUGAUGAUUUUAUGUGA